ACAUAUCCCUGAGAAAACUGACUCUUAGAAUCUUUUCGUGAUAGUAAUAACCGGUUUCGCCUUCUGGGCAGCCCUCGGCUCCACUAGCCAUCUUGUCCCCCACCUCCCACUCUCUCUUGUCUUGCGACUCGAGUCGCUUUUCCACGCGGGUGAGGGUGCUCUAGGAGAGCAGGAGGCGGGACCCAGAAGCCCUCCAGGCCUCUCCCCUAUGGCUUCCAUUGGCUGUUUUUGAACAUCUGAGCCCGCCCCCCAAGGAAGGGGCGGGGAGGCGCGCAGCAUCUUUAUAAAAGUCGGGUAGGGGUACUUGAGUAGCGCUUUUGCACUGCCGUCUUUCUUGGGUUCGCAACUUUUUCCCCACUCCCGGCGUCCUCUUCCUCCUCCGUCCGCUUCGUUUUCUCCCGACGCCGGUAUCAUGAAGGUCGCCAGUGGCAGCGCCGCGGCCGCCGCGGGCCCCAGCUGCGCGCUGAAGGCCGGCAAGGCGGCGGGCGGGGCGGGCGAGGUGGUGCGCUGCCUGUCCGAGCAGAGCGUGGCCAUCUCGCGCUGCGCGGGCGGCCCCGGGACGCGCCUGCCGGCCCUGCUGGAGGAGCAGCCGGUGAACGUGCUACUGUACGAUAUGAACGGCUGCUACUCGCGCCUCAAGGAGCUGGUGCCCACCCUGCCCCAGAACCGCAAGGUGAGCAGGGUGGAGAUUCUCCAGCACGUCAUCGACUACAUCUGGGAUCUGGAAUUGGAGCUCAACUCGGAAUCCCACGUCGGGACCCCCGGGGGCCGGGGACUCCCCGCCCGGGCUCCGCUCAGCACUCUCAACGGCGAAAUCGGCGCCCUGGCGGCAGAGGCGGCGUGUGUUCCAGCUGACGAUCGCAUCUUGUGUCGCUGAAGCGCCGCCCUUGGGAGCCGGCAGACCCCAGCCCCCCAGGGGGCGAGAGGAAUAAGUGUUUCUGGUCCUUCCAGGCGCCUCGCCGGAGCUGGGGAGGAACAAGACCGAUCGGCGGCCACCGGGGCGCUUGCAGGAUCCAACCCGGGUCUGGGGGACUGACAGGGCAGGCUGACCCUCCCUCCUCACCCACCAGCCACCAGAGACUUGGGGGAGUCUCCCCUCGUGUGUUUCUAUUUUUUGAAAAGCGGACAUUUAAAAAAUGGUCACGUUUGGUGCUUCUCAGAUUUCUGAGGAAAUUAAUUGCUUUGUAUUGUAUAUUACAAUGAUCACCGACUGAGAAUAUUGUUUUACAAUAGUUCUGUGGGGUGUUUUCUUUUUUGGUUGUUGUUAUUAAACAAAUACUUUAGAUGAUGAUAAA